AGGAGACGAGGAUGGGGGAGAGGGCCAUGUUGGGACUCUCGUGGGUGUUGAUGACCUGGAUAAAUCAGCGGAGGUGGUCUGGGAUUCUGGGACCAGAAAGACCUACAGCGCCGGACGAGGAGAUGCUUUUGAAUUGUGCGUGUUCGACAACGCCCAAAGUGGUGAGUGAAUCAAUUUUAAAAUUAAGUAUAAAAUAUUUUUAGCUUUUAAAAAAAUAAUAUGCUUUUAAAAAAAUAAUAUACUUUUAAAAAAAUAAUAUACUUUUAAAAAAAUAAUAUACUUUUGAAAAAAUAAUAUACUUUUAAAAAAUAAUAUACUUUUAAAAAACAAUAAACUUCUAAAAAAAUAAUAUACUUAAAAAAAAUAAUAUAUACUUUAAAAAAAAUUCUUGUCCGAAAAAAAAGAGAGAAAAAGCUUAUAUUUGUAAAUUCAUGUAGAUUUAUUUUUGGUAAUCGCACUAUAUCACCUGUUUAUUUUUGUAUUUUAUAUUCUUUUUAUUCUCGCUAUAUGUUUUUGCUUAUUUCUGUAACUCUUACUGCAUCUGAAGUUUUAACUUGGAAUCAAAUCUAUAAUUACAAUAUUGUCUGUAAUAAUUUUCUUUUUGUACAUAAUAUUUGCUAGGGAACUUACUAUUUUCGUCCACGGGCAUGGUAUAUGUACAAGUUAAAUGCCACUUAAAAAGUUAAUUUAAUGGAAAACAAUAACAGUUAUUGAAAAUCUAUAAAUUAUUUUUGAUGACAUGCGCAAAUCGUUAUUUCGCCUAAAAAUACACUUACAUUUACAGAAUCAAAUGUAGCAUAGCGUAAUUUUAAAUAUAAACACAAACGGUUCACAAAAAUGGUUAGGAGUAAGCUUCCCGUUUCUUUAGAAACCAGACAAGAUAUAUAACAUUAUUUUUUUAUUUUUUUUAAAUCAUUAUUAUUUUGACACAGAAAUAAUACACAUAUCAGUUUAAUGAUGAAUCUUAUAGAAAUAAUAAACUAUCAGAUAUCACUAUGCAUUGGCUUUAGACUAAGAUUGUCUUUACUGUAAUUGAAAGAAAUCACAUAAUAAUGUGUCCGUGUGUUUAAUGUGGCAUAGGUCGGUAAAAGUGUUGGCUGAAGACUAAAAGUGUCCCAAUCAAACUAAAUUAUAAACUGGUAGGUUUGGUUACGUGGCGCAGUCGUCUACUGUUCUCACAAAAUAACUUUUAAAAACCUUUCUACCAACCGGUCAGGGAUUAGGCACCCAAACAUAACGUGUGACGAGUGUGACGAAGUGGGCAUUCACGGCAUACGCUGGAAGUGCACCGUGUGCUUCGACUAUGACCUGUGCUCCUCUUGCUACCACUCCGACAAGCACGACGCACAGCAUGAGUUUUGGAGAAUCGAUACCGUCCAGUCCAAGCGGUAAACCUUAAGAAGCAGCAUUCUUUUAAAUGAAAAGAAAUAGGUCAAUUAUGAGCGAAAUAAAAAUAAGUGUUCAGAAACAGCAAUUAAGAAUGUUAAGAAGAUUGUAUGAGUAAAGUAUAUUAUGUCUUCGUGAUGAUUUAAGGUUUAAAGUUGCUAGAAGAUGUGAGAGUGCAAAAGUGCAGGCCAAAGGAAUAUUUACGGGGGCAAUCGUGUGCCGUGGUCAAGACUGGCAAUGGACAGAUCAGGAUGGUAAGUACAGUGUUCACACUAUGCCACAUGGGUUUUAGUGGUUUAUACUAAAAAAGCGUCAAAUAUUAAGCAAGAUAAACGGCAAGAAAAAAAAAUCCAAUUGCGCUUCUAGAAAUGUAAAUGACUCACUAACGCACAUAUUCUUGUGAAGGUCUGAGAUCACUCUGUUAUUAUCCCAGCUCGUAAAUUGGCUGCCAGCUCCAUCUGUUGAGCUGAGCAAUAAAGCAUUUUUCCACAUGUAGGGCUCUUUUCCCGCCCUGGUCUCAGCCGAAACAUCUAGUGAGGUCAACAGGUUCGCUAGUGUUUCUGGGACCAGGCUGCAAUGCCGGCAGGUAGGGUGCCUGUUAUGAAAUAUGUGCCGAUGGGACUGUGCUCAGUGCCUAUCUGUGUCACUAUAGUCUGCCUGCGACUUAACAUCCGCCAUGGGGGUCUUGUCGGCGAGGAGUCGACAAGUUAGCGAAUACACCUCUGGCUGUCGUGUUGUCUUGCCAUUCCCUGUGCCAUUUCGUUCUAAACUGGUCCGCCAACCCGUUUUAAAUUCCGAGAUAAGAUACUGAUCCAUCUGGUAUAGAGGCUGAGCAGCCCCCCAGUUUUCGUCAAGGCGACUGCUUUUUCAAUAGCCACUGACGUGCCCUGGACUCCACUGCACAGCUAACGUUCAUCCUAGUCCACCGAUCUUGUCCACGUCAUUCGUGAGGGCGCCAGCUAAGUGAGUGGACAUUAACAAAGGGAAUGUCCUUAUUGACUUAAUACUUGUCUCAGGAAUAACAUAAACUAUUGUUGAGUAUAACAUUUAAUGCAUGUUUCACUACUAACUUCUCUUUAAUUAAUGAAUAUAUAUUUGCAUAUUAUAUUUAAAAAAAACGUAUGUGUGUGUGUGUGUUUUUGUGUCCAUGCAGUGUUAGGAAAAAAAUUAACUCCUUUUUGAUAAUGAUGAAAAAAAAAAAAACUAGUCAAAAUUCAUUACUUAUAAAAAAAAAAAUACAACUCAUCCUAGUCAUGGCGUACUUACUAAAAAAAAUUUAACGGUUCAUGUAAAAAUUAAGAUUGUGUUAGAAUUAAAGUAAGUUUUGCAAUUUUAAACAAUUGUUACAUAUUUAGCAUUAGUUUUAAUCAUUGUAUAUAUACAUAAGUAUCUUAACUUUUUUUAAAUAGCAAGGUCUCAAAAGAGAAAUAUUUCUGUUAGAACAACGUGUUCCAUUAUUUAUAGGGGGAGGAGGCAGUGAAGGAAACGUUUUAAGCAUUGGAGAUUGGGACGCCAACAAGUCCAAAAGAAGCCUAGCAAGUGUCCAGUGGUCGAAUAGGACUACACAAAGCUACCGGCUUGGCCAUGCCGGGAAAGUCGACUUGAAACUUACAAAAGCUGCCUUUGGCCAGGCUUACUAUAAACUCCACCUUCCUAUUUUAGGUACGUGCAUUCAAUAUUUCUACAGAUAUAAUUGCAUAAAUUAAUUAAUUUCAAAAUACAAUUUUCUAAUUAUUAAGUUUUAGCUAUGUAUUCGGUAAACGAAUAAAAAAAAAUUAGUUUAAAAACUAAUUGUUGCUUUGCACAGGGUUUGCUUCGAGGCUUAUUGAAUUUGUUUUUCUUCAAGGCAAUACAUUUUUUUAGAACAUUUUAUUCAUUCCGUUUGUUGUAAUUCUGCAUGAUUAUUACUUUUUAAAUGAACUAAUUAUUUUUUUAAAAAAUCUGCUCAAGAGAGAAAAACUAACAAUGGAAGUUUUCUAGUCCUCCACAAAAAAAAAAAAAAAAAAAAAAUCAUUGAUUUUCAUGACGUUAAUUUAACACAUGACCCAAACUAGAUCGAAAUACAAUCAAAACAUGAACAACACUGACCAAGAAUAUCAGUACGGGUACAUUGAGAGAAACUCACACGGCUAGAAUGUUGGUCAUCGACUGGACUAAAAAGUUGAAUUUAGAAGUUCUUAGAAGAGGAUAAUACUUUAAGUUUUGGCGUUCCAAAACAAUAAAGGCAGGGGUAAACCUUAACGUGUGGAAUUUUAGGAAAAAGAAUACCAUUCGCUGUUCUUUCAAUAAUACCAUUCGCUGUUCUUUCAAUAAUACCUUUCGCUGUUCUUUCAAUGCAAGGAGCAAUUAAAAUAAUUCUUCUUUUUUUUUUUUUGCGUUUUAUAAAAAAAAAAAAGAAAAGUUUAUAUAUAUUUAAAUAAAAAUUGUUAAAAAAUUUCAACUUUCAUCAAAACACACGAGUUAUUAGUUGAUUGUGCUUCUGUUUGUCACGAGUUAUUAGUUGAUUGUGCUUCUGUUUGUCACGAGUUAUUAGUUGAUUGUGCUUAAUCUGUUUGUCACGAGUUAUUAGUUGAUUGUGCUAAAUCUGUUUGUCACGAGUUAUUAGUUGAUUGUGCUAAAUCUGUUUGUCACGAGUUAUUAGUUGAUUGUGCUAAAUCUGUUUGUCACGAGUUAUUAGUUGAUUGUGCUAAAUCUGUUUGUCACGAGUUAUUAGUUGAUUGUGCUAAAUCUGUUUGUCACGAGUUAUUAGUUGAUUGUGCUAAAUCUGUUUGUCACGAGUUAUUAGUUGAUUGUGCUAAAUCUGUUUGUCACGAGUUAUUAGUUGAUUGUGCUAAAUCUGUUUGUCACGAGUUAUUAGUUGAUUGUGCUAAAUCUGUUUGUCACGAGUUAUUAGUUGAUUGUGCUAAAUCUGUUUGUCACGAGUUAUUAGUUGAUUGUGCUAAAUCUGUUUGUCACGAGUUAUUAGUUGAUUGUGCUAAAUCUGUUUGUCACGAGUUAUUAGUUGAUUGUGCUAAAUCUGUUUGUCACGAGUUAUUAGUUGAUUGUGCUAAAUCUGUUUGUCACGAGUUAUUAGUUGAUUGUGCUAAAUCUGUUUGUCACGAGUUAUUAGUUGAUUGUGCUAAAUCUGUUUGUCACGAGUUAUUAGUUGAUUGUGCUAAAUCUGUUUGUCACGAGUUAUUAGUUGAUUGUGCUAAAUCUGUUUGUCACGAGUUAUUAGUUGAUUGUGCUAAAUCUGUUUGUCACGAGUUAUUAGUUGAUUGUGCUAAAUCUGUUUGUCACGAGUUAUUAGUUGAUUGUGCUAAAUCUGUUUGUCACGAGUUAUUAGUUGAUUGUGCUAAAUCUGUUUGUCACGAGUUAUUAGUUGAUUGUGCUAAAUCUGUUUGUCACGAGUUAUUAGUUGAUUGUGCUAAAUCUGUUUGUCACGAGUUAUUAGUUGAUUGUGCUAAAUCUGUUUGUCACGAGUUAUUAGUUGAUUGUGCUAAAUCUGUUUGUCACGAGUUAUUAGUUGAUUGUGCUAAAUCUGUUUGUCACGAGUUAUUAGUUGAUUGUGCUAAAUCUGUUUGUCACGAGUUAUUAGUUGAUUGUGCUAAAUCUGUUUGUCACGAGUUAUUAGUUGAUUGUGCUAAAUCUGUUUGUCACGAGUUAUUAGUUGAUUGUGCUAAAUCUGUUUGUCACGAGUUAUUAGUUGAUUGUGCUAAAUCUGUUUGUCACGAGUUAUUAGUUGAUUGUGCUAAAUCUGUUUGUCACGAGUUAUUAGUUGAUUGUGCUAAAUCUGUUUGUCACGAGUUAUUAGUUGAUUGUGCUAAAUCUGUUUGUCACGAGUUAUUAGUUGAUUGUGCUAAAUCUGUUUGUCACGAGUUAUUAGUUGAUUGUGCUAAAUCUGUUUGUCACGAGUUAUUAGUUGAUUGUGCUAAAUCUGUUUGUCACGAGUUAUUAGUUGAUUGUGCUAAAUCUGUUUGUCACGAGUUAUUAGUUGAUUGUGCUAAAUCUGUUUGUCACGAGUUAUUAGUUGAUUGUGCUAAAUCUGUUUGUCACGAGUUAUUAGUUGAUUGUGCUAAAUCUGUUUGUCACGAGUUAUUAGUUGAUUGUGCUAAAUCUGUUUGUCACGAGUUAUUAGUUGAUUGUGCUAAAUCUGUUUGUCACGAGUUAUUAGUUGAUUGUGCUAAAUCUGUUUGUCACGAGUUAUUAGUUGAUUGUGCUAAAUCUGUUUGUCACGAGUUAUUAGUUGAUUGUGCUAAAUCUGUUUGUCACGAGUUAUUAGUUGAUUGUGCUAAAUCUGUUUGUCACGAGUUAUUAGUUGAUUGUGCUAAAUCUGUUUGUCACGAGUUAUUAGUUGAUUGUGCUAAAUCUGUUUGUCACGAGUUAUUAGUUGAUUGUGCUAAAUCUGUUUGUCACGAGUUAUUAGUUGAUUGUGCUAAAUCUGUUUGUCACGAGUUAUUAGUUGAUUGUGCUAAAUCUGUUUGUCACGAGUUAUUAGUUGAUUGUGCUAAAUCUGUUUGUCACGAGUUAUUAGUUGAUUGUGCUAAAUCUGUUUGUCACGAGUUAUUAGUUGAUUGUGCUAAAUCUGUUUGUCACGAGUUAUUAGUUGAUUGUGCUAAAUCUGUUUGUCACGAGUUAUUAGUUGAUUGUGCUAAAUCUGUUUGUCACGAGUUAUUAGUUGAUUGUGCUAAAUCUGUUUGUCACGAGUUAUUAGUUGAUUGUGCUAAAUCUGUUUGUCACGAGUUAUUAGUUGAUUGUGCUAAAUCUGUUUGUCACGAGUUAUUAGUUGAUUGUGCUAAAUCUGUUUGUCACGAGUUAUUAGUUGAUUGUGCUAAAUCUGUUUGUCACGAGUUAUUAGUUGAUUGUGCUAAAUCUGUUUGUCACGAGUUAUUAGUUGAUUGUGCUAAAUCUGUUUGUCACGAGUUAUUAGUUGAUUGUGCUAAAUCUGUUUGUCACGAGUUAUUAGUUGAUUGUGCUAAAUCUGUUUGUCACGAGUUAUUAGUUGAUUGUGCUAAAUCUGUUUGUCACGAGUUAUUAGUUGAUUGUGCUAAAUCUGUUUGUCACGAGUUAUUAGUUGAUUGUGCUAAAUCUGUUUGUCACGAGUUAUUAGUUGAUUGUGCUAAAUCUGUUUGUCACGAGUUAUUAGUUGAUUGUGCUAAAUCUGUUUGUCACGAGUUAUUAGUUGAUUGUGCUAAAUCUGUUUGUCACGAGUUAUUAGUUGAUUGUGCUAAAUCUGUUUGUCACGAGUUAUUAGUUGAUUGUGCUAAAUCUGUUUGUCACGAGUUAUUAGUUGAUUGUGCUAAAUCUGUUUGUCACGAGUUAUUAGUUGAUUGUGCUAAAUCUGUUUGUCACGAGUUAUUAGUUGAUUGUGCUAAAUCUGUUUGUCACGAGUUAUUAGUUGAUUGUGCUAAAUCUGUUUGUCACGAGUUAUUAGUUGAUUGUGCUAAAUCUGUUUGUCACGAGUUAUUAGUUGAUUGUGCUAAAUCUGUUUGUCACGAGUUAUUAGUUGAUUGUGCUAAAUCUGUUUGUCACGAGUUAUUAGUUGAUUGUGCUAAAUCUGUUUGUCACGAGUUAUUAGUUGAUUGUGCUAAAUCUGUUUGUCACGAGUUAUUAGUUGAUUGUGCUAAAUCUGUUUGUCACGAGUUAUUAGUUGAUUGUGCUAAAUCUGUUUGUCACGAGUUAUUAGUUGAUUGUGCUAAAUCUGUUUGUCACGAGUUAUUAGUUGAUUGUGCUAAAUCUGUUUGUCACGAGUUAUUAGUUGAUUGUGCUAAAUCUGUUUGUCACGAGUUAUUAGUUGAUUGUGCUAAAUCUGUUUGUCACGAGUUAUUAGUUGAUUGUGCUAAAUCUGUUUGUCACGAGUUAUUAGUUGAUUGUGCUAAAUCUGUUUGUCACGAGUUAUUAGUUGAUUGUGCUAAAUCUGUUUGUCACGAGUUAUUAGUUGAUUGUGCUAAAUCUGUUUGUCACGAGUUAUUAGUUGAUUGUGCUAAAUCUGUUUGUCACGAGUUAUUAGUUGAUUGUGCUAAAUCUGUUUGUCACGAGUUAUUAGUUGAUUGUGCUAAAUCUGUUUGUCACGAGUUAUUAGUUGAUUGUGCUAAAUCUGUUUGUCACGAGUUAUUAGUUGAUUGUGCUAAAUCUGUUUGUCACGAGUUAUUAGUUGAUUGUGCUAAAUCUGUUUGUCACGAGUUAUUAGUUGAUUGUGCUAAAUCUGUUUGUCACGAGUUAUUAGUUGAUUGUGCUAAAUCUGUUUGUCACGAGUUAUUAGUUGAUUGUGCUAAAUCUGUUUGUCACGAGUUAUUAGUUGAUUGUGCUAAAUCUGUUUGUCACGAGUUAUUAGUUGAUUGUGCUAAAUCUGUUUGUCACGAGUUAUUAGUUGAUUGUGCUAAAUCUGUUUGUCACGAGUUAUUAGUUGAUUGUGCUAAAUCUGUUUGUCACGAGUUAUUAGUUGAUUGUGCUAAAUCUGUUUGUCACGAGUUAUUAGUUGAUUGUGCUAAAUCUGUUUGUCACGAGUUAUUAGUUGAUUGUGCUAAAUCUGUUUGUCACGAGUUAUUAGUUGAUUGUGCUAAAUCUGUUUGUCACGAGUUAUUAGUUGAUUGUGCUAAAUCUGUUUGUCACGAGUUAUUAGUUGAUUGUGCUAAAUCUGUUUGUCACGAGUUAUUAGUUGAUUGUGCUAAAUCUGUUUGUCACGAGUUAUUAGUUGAUUGUGCUAAAUCUGUUUGUCACGAGUUAUUAGUUGAUUGUGCUAAAUCUGUUUGUCACGAGUUAUUAGUUGAUUGUGCUAAAUCUGUUUGUCACGAGUUAUUAGUUGAUUGUGCUAAAUCUGUUUGUCACGAGUUAUUAGUUGAUUGUGCUAAAUCUGUUUGUCACGAGUUAUUAGUUGAUUGUGCUAAAUCUGUUUGUCACGAGUUAUUAGUUGAUUGUGCUAAAUCUGUUUGUCACGAGUUAUUAGUUGAUUGUGCUAAAUCUGUUUGUCACGAGUUAUUAGUUGAUUGUGCUAAAUCUGUUUGUCACGAGUUAUUAGUUGAUUGUGCUAAAUCUGUUUGUCACGAGUUAUUAGUUGAUUGUGCUAAAUCUGUUUGUCACGAGUUAUUAGUUGAUUGUGCUAAAUCUGUUUGUCACGAGUUAUUAGUUGAUUGUGCUAAAUCUGUUUGUCACGAGUUAUUAGUUGAUUGUGCUAAAUCUGUUUGUCACGAGUUAUUAGUUGAUUGUGCUAAAUCUGUUUGUCACGAGUUAUUAGUUGAUUGUGCUAAAUCUGUUUGUCACGAGUUAUUAGUUGAUUGUGCUAAAUCUGUUUGUCACGAGUUAUUAGUUGAUUGUGCUAAAUCUGUUUGUCACGAGUUAUUAGUUGAUUGUGCUAAAUCUGUUUGUCACGAGUUAUUAGUUGAUUGUGCUAAAUCUGUUUGUCACGAGUUAUUAGUUGAUUGUGCUAAAUCUGUUUGUCACGAGUUAUUAGUUGAUUGUGCUAAAUCUGUUUGUCACGAGUUAUUAGUUGAUUGUGCUAAAUCUGUUUGUCACGAGUUAUUAGUUGAUUGUGCUAAAUCUGUUUGUCACGAGUUAUUAGUUGAUUGUGCUAAAUCUGUUUGUCACGAGUUAUUAGUUGAUUGUGCUAAAUCUGUUUGUCACGAGUUAUUAGUUGAUUGUGCUAAAUCUGUUUGUCACGAGUUAUUAGUUGAUUGUGCUAAAUCUGUUUGUCACGAGUUAUUAGUUGAUUGUGCUAAAUCUGUUUGUCACGAGUUAUUAGUUGAUUGUGCUAAAUCUGUUUGUCACGAGUUAUUAGUUGAUUGUGCUAAAUCUGUUUGUCACGAGUUAUUAGUUGAUUGUGCUAAAUCUGUUUGUCACGAGUUAUUAGUUGAUUGUGCUAAAUCUGUUUGUCACGAGUUAUUAGUUGAUUGUGCUAAAUCUGUUUGUCACGAGUUAUUAGUUGAUUGUGCUAAAUCUGUUUGUCACGAGUUAUUAGUUGAUUGUGCUAAAUCUGUUUGUCACGAGUUAUUAGUUGAUUGUGCUAAAUCUGUUUGUCACGAGUUAUUAGUUGAUUGUGCUAAAUCUGUUUGUCACGAGUUAUUAGUUGAUUGUGCUAAAUCUGUUUGUCACGAGUUAUUAGUUGAUUGUGCUAAAUCUGUUUGUCACGAGUUAUUAGUUGAUUGUGCUAAAUCUGUUUGUCACGAGUUAUUAGUUGAUUGUGCUAAAUCUGUUUGUCACGAGUUAUUAGUUGAUUGUGCUAAAUCUGUUUGUCACGAGUUAUUAGUUGAUUGUGCUAAAUCUGUUUGUCACGAGUUAUUAGUUGAUUGUGCUAAAUCUGUUUGUCACGAGUUAUUAGUUGAUUGUGCUAAAUCUGUUUGUCACGAGUUAUUAGUUGAUUGUGCUAAAUCUGUUUGUCACGAGUUAUUAGUUGAUUGUGCUAAAUCUGUUUGUCACGAGUUAUUAGUUGAUUGUGCUAAAUCUGUUUGUCACGAGUUAUUAGUUGAUUGUGCUAAAUCUGUUUGUCACGAGUUAUUAGUUGAUUGUGCUAAAUCUGUUUGUCACGAGUUAUUAGUUGAUUGUGCUAAAUCUGUUUGUCACGAGUUAUUAGUUGAUUGUGCUAAAUCUGUUUGUCACGAGUUAUUAGUUGAUUGUGCUAAAUCUGUUUGUCACGAGUUAUUAGUUGAUUGUGCUAAAUCUGUUUGUCACGAGUUAUUAGUUGAUUGUGCUUGUGUUUGUCCUACCGAAAGGCAGAGUUGAAAGCACACUAUGUAAAUUCGCCAUGGGAGAAAAGGUCACGUGUCUAUGUAAAAUUGACAUCCUGAAAGUCUUUCAAGAGAAGUUAGGUCGAUGGAAUGAAGCUAUGACUAUGGUAAGUCGCUUACCAUAAAUAAAACACAUACAAAAAAAACAACAUAUUUAUUAAUACAUUAAUGAUGGAUUAUAUGUUUUGAAAAAAAUGCAGAUUUUUACCGUGAAAUUCGUUAUCAUUAAUUGUGUGAGUGAUUUAUUACCCGUGCUUAUAUAAUAUAUAGCACGUAUUCAUAAAUGAUAUAUGCCAUUUUAAAGCAUGUUUGAAAUAUAUAUAUAUGAAAUUGAAGAGAAACUAAAUCUUGAUAUCAAUUGUUUUAUCGUGAUGUGUUGCACAGUACAACACAUUGGCUGGUACAAUCAUCGAUGUCAACGAUACCAACGAAGUUGAGGUACAAUACGACGAUGGUGUUAAGGUGUGGUACAGCCAAGACGUGCUGACCACUGCUGAGGUAAUUAUGUGGAUUUAAAAAUAGAUGUUAUUUUUUAAAUAUAAAACAGUAAAUGGAUAUUGAAGCAGAGGUAAAAUUUUUUGUACAAUUUAAAAAAAAACAUUCUAGUUAGCAUUCAUUUUUCAACAGAAAACAAAAGGUCUUUCUUUAAUGAGGCCGACACAGCUCAUUGAACUGAAUUGUCUUUAGUACCGAUAAAAUUCAAUUUUAUUGAAAGAUUUCGAUUAUUAUUGAAGAUACAUCUUUAUGGUUGUUAAGGAAAUUAAUUAUGUAAAAUAAUUUGCGAUUGGGAAGAAAAAAAAAAUCUAAAACAUUUUUAAUGUUAUACAAUAAAUAUUAACAUAGAAUGAAAGAUUGUCAACUGGCAUGUGUUCAUGUGUUCAUGUGUUCUACAAUUUAAUUUAAUAGCAUAACAAUCUUUAACCUGGUAAGUGCAGUUUUUUAAAAUUGACAACUAAAAAGAGUUGCUUGAUUUAACCGCAUGACCUACUAUAAUGUAAUGGAAGGAUGAAGCAGACUCCGCUCCAUCAUCGCCCACGGUUGAAGACACGCGCAAAAGCAACCUUGAACUUAAAAUUAAUUUUAAAUCUUAUUAAAGGCAGAUGAAAUUGAUUCCGCUCCAUCGUUGUCCACGAGUGAAGACGAUGACGUAGAGAACCUUGAACUAGGCUGUCGUGUCGUCCGAGGCCCUGACUGGAAAUGGGGCAGUCAGGACGGCGGAGAGGGACAUGUCGGAACCAUCGUAGACAUCUGGUCCAGAGACGGGUCAGGGGUACCGGAAAACUGUGCUGUGGUCUUGUGGGACUCGGGCAAAACAAGAACUUACAGAGUUGGGGAACAUGAAAAAUAUGACCUUUGUGUUUACGACAACUCACCUAUUGGUAUGUAUAUCCAUAACAAAGAUCUGAAUAUGUCACUACCAAGAAAAAAAAGGGGUGGGGGGGAUAAACAUGAACAUCGCAGGUGUAUAAACUUUAAAAUGAUUUAAGCUACAGAAAAUGUCUAAGGGCGUUCCAAUGAAAAAAUGUGAUAUUUUAAACUGCUGAGAAUGUAUGUCACACAUCUUCUCACUCGACUAACUGUGUCAUGUUUACCAAUCAAAACUUAAGAUUAAUAAUUUACCAAGAUUUUAUAGAAGCUUAUCAUCAACAUCCACCUACUGUUUUCGGUAAACUUGUUCCAUCUUUAAAAGAAUAGCACCUUAUGUUCUGUCGUCAGAAAGAGCUCUUAAUAUUGCGAUGUGGGGGAAUCUGAUUUUAAUAAUGUAACACUUACAAGAAGUAAACUUAAAAUAAAUCAUCUAUAUUAAUCUUAACCUGAAAUAGAUAUGUAGAACUUCAAUCAUUAUCUUAGUAAAUACUUAUACUUUGGAUUAGCCUAACAAUCAGUGUUAAAAUCAAUUAAGUCUUUACUUCUAAAACCAACUAGUUGCAUCAUCACCAUUUCAGCAAAUUAUGAAUAAACAAUCAACCACAAGCAAUUUGUGAUAGCAAAAAAAACAACAAAAAAACAGAAAUGUUAAGAUUGAAUUAAAAGAAUUAUUACAACUGAAACGUACCGGCGUAAAGUCUUCAACAGUAACUCAAAAAACAAAAUAAGCAUGAGAAUGAAAUACACUUCCCAGACUCCAUAAUUCUACCAAUCAAAUGACUAAGAGCAUAGAAAAAGAUAGGGGGCCCCCCCCCCCCCCAAGCCCUUACAAAAACGGAUAAGGAAAGAAUAGAUGGGAACAGGGCGGAUAUCAAAGUUAUUGUUAUAGCAAUAUUGUGCCCAAGAUGAUUGGGGGGGGGGACGGGACACAAAGUCAUUUUUCUCAUGAUUAAAUACAUCACAAUUAAAGGAAAACAUUCGUUUUAAGAAAGGCACAACUAUUAACAUUCCUGGCCUGCAUACUAAAAGACUUCAAGAUAUAAUUACCCGUCAAAAUUAACGCUAGCUUCGUUUCCCUCAUCAUUUCAAGUUUCUGACUAGCAACAAUGCAAAUUUCAUACACUAGUAUCACAUGAACAAUGGAUCUUUUAUUUGUUUCAAUUCUUUAAAGUAUUUGAUUGAACUUAUCAAUUGCUUAUCAGUUUGUAAUGAAAACAAAUCAGUACAUCGUAUCAGUCAAAUGAUGAGAAAAAAAUAUAUUUAAUUUUUUUUUUUAAAUUUUAACAAACACAAUUAACCAUAGCAUGUGUUGACACAGGCAUCAAACAUCCAUCAGUCACGUGUGACGAGUGUCAAGAGUGUAUCGCUGGUAUUCGCUGGAAGUGCACCGAAUGCUUCAACUAUGAUUUGUGUUCCACGUGUUACAACUCUGAUAAACACGACACAGAGCAUGAAUUUUGGAGAAUCGACACCGUGUGCUCGGAACGGUAACAAUUUACUCUUAACCUUAAACAAAAUAAUUUCAAUCAUGUUAGUUUAAUUAUGAACAAACCAAUGUUGCUUUUGGAAAUAAUACUGGAUUUAAAAUAAAUAUAUACAUUUGAUGUUUUUUUUAACGGAACAAACGUAUUAAAAUUCUGUCAAAGAGCUCUAAAUGAUUAAGUUCCUGGAGGAAAUUUUUUCAUUGUUCACAUUCACAGCAAUUUAUCGAAAGAAAAUCAGUUAUCUUUAACUUUAAAUAUAUAUUGAUAUCAAUGUUCCUUAUCGUGGGAGUCAGUGACUGACCAAUGAGUUGAGACGUUUUUCUGAUGCCAUCCGAUCAUGGGGGAUGAUCUACGACUGAUCAAUGGCUUGGGACGUUGAUCUGAUGCCAGCUGGUCAGGUGGAUGAUAUGGGGCUGACCAAUGGCUUGAGGCCUUGAUUGGAUGCCAGUUGGUCAGUGGGAUGAUGAUCGACAGACGAAUGUCUUGGGAUGUUAAUCUGAUGCAAGUUUGUCAUGGGGGAUGACUUGCGACUGACCAAUGGCUUGGGACGUUGAUUUGAUGCCAGCUGGCCAGGGUGGAUGAUGUGCGACUGACCAAGGGCUUGGUAGAUUGAUUUGAUGCCAACUGGUCAGGGUGGAUGAUGAUUUGCGACUUACCAAUAGCUUUGGACGUUGAUCUGUUUACAGCUGGUCAUGGGGAUGAUGUGCGACUGACUAAUUGAUUGAGACGUUGUUCUGAUGCGAGCUGGUCAGGGGGAUAUUGUGUGAGAACUGAUAUGCAUACUUGAGGAAACUUAUCUCAUUGUUGUAUUUGCACCAUUUAGACACAACAGUACACAAGGAUCAUUCAGAAUAUAUUCGUAAUUGUAUAAAAACAUCACCCAGCAAUAGGUAAAAAAAACGAGACUUGGUUUUCAUUUAAUUAAAACAUUAUAAGUCAUCUAUUUGACAUGUUAUGGUUACAUGCAUUUUCAGAUGACGUCUGUGGUAAGUUUGUUUUUACAUUUUCAGCAGCUGGGCAAAAAAGUGCAAGUGCACCCAAUGUUUAGAAAUUCCAUAAAUACGUCUACAAAAAAUAUUUAAUUGCAAUAUUAUUCAGAAUCCCUUUGAAUGUUUUCUUUUUUUCUUCUUUUCAUCUGUCAUCGUUGUUUUAAUCACACUGAAUUCAUGGAGUAGAUUUUAAAAGGUUGUCGUGGAAAAGAUUAUUUGCAGUUGGCAAUAUCAUUGUCAAUCUCUAGUCGUAAAGAUUUAUGUAACGGUAACCGCACCGUAAGUUGUUAUAUGUGUAAUAGGCUUGUGUUAACACGGGUGGAAAUCAGGAUACAUUAAAAUAAUUGUGCAACGCAACUGUGUGUGUGGUCGUUAAGUGACAUUAUUUUUGAGAAGAGAACUUAAGCUAUUGAUCAAUUGUAUAAUGUAUUCCAUAUAACCAAACAAAAAAAUGGGAGAGAUUUGACUUGUUUUGGUUUCUCAUUUACAACCACCCCUCCUCUUAACCCAGCGUGACACUCUUUGCUUUACAUACGUCAUCAUCGUCUUUAAAGAGCACACUAAAAGUUCAAGGUCAAAUUUAGUCUAACCCUUGCGUUAAAAAAAACAAUUUUGUCUUGUCAUUCGAUUAGCUUUGUUUUUAAAGUAUGGUGUGUAGAUGUAGAGUCAAGAAAAUAUCAAGGGAAACAAGAAAUCAUUUUAAGUCUGGUGGUUGGUGAUUAAAUAGAACAUUAAAGCCUUGGCCAUUCAAGAACUUGCACUGAAUAGCCCAUUAAAUGUUCAUUUGCUUGUAAAUCUUAUGAAAUAUCUAUGUGAAUAAAACAUAUAUAUAUAUAUAUUUGUUUAAAGAAGUAUAUACAACUCACACGUAAUCGCUUUACUUUGUCAAUGUGCUGCGCCCUCUUUUCAAUUUGUCAGCUUAUUUAUUUAAUUUUUUUUUCUGCGUUUCAUUAUGUGUUUUAAAAUUGCCAACAAUACAUUUACAGAAAGAAACUUAAUUGAUGUGCGAUAAAACUUUUAGUCUCUUAUGGGGGUGCGUCCAAAUAAUUGUGAAACGUAAAAGAGAGUAGCUUGCCCGCUGUUGCCGCUUAUUUUUUUUUUCAAUUCUUGUUGGUUCCAAAAUCAUUUUAUUGUUUUUCGUCUUUAUACUAUUCAAAGCAUUAUAUUAAUUUUUUUGAUUAUAUUUAUUUAUCUCACGAUAAGCUUAUCGAAGUAAAUGCGCAAUUAAAAAAAAUUUUUAAAAAAAAAAAAAAAAUUUUAAAAAAAAAAAAAAAAAAAAAAAAAAAAAAAGACUGCACUGUCCUUUCAAAACGAAGCAUUUAAAAACCAGAGUCCCAUUGCCGGGGCUAUUUCUGUCACAAGAAUGCUCAAUACCUUAAAAGUGUACCAGUCAUCAAUAUUGCUAGAGCACAAGAGUAAAAUAAUGAUUGUAUUUUAAUUGAAAUGUUAAAUAUUUUUUUUUUAUUAAUAUGUCAUUUUUGCCACUGUUUAUUUUAAGAGUGAAGGUGUCACGGAGAUGUGACAGUGAAAAGUCCCAGGCCAGGGGUAUAUUUACUGGCGCAGUCGUGUGUCGUGGUCAAGACUGGAAAUGGAAUGACCAGGAUGGUAUGUAGGGAUAUUAUGACGUGCUCGACUGUUGAAACUAGUUGAAGUAAUCUAGGCCACCCGACCAUGAGAUAAGAAGAAUGUCUUACCUAACCCUAAACCGACCAUGAGAUAAGAAAAACGUCUCCCCUAACCCAACCAUGAGAUAAGAAGAAUGUCUUACCUAACCCUAAACCGACCAUGAGAUAACAAGAAUGUCUUACCUAACCCUAAACCGACCAUGAGAUAAGAAAAACGUCUCCCCUAACCCAACCAUGAGAUAAGAAGAAUGUCUUACCUAACCCUAACCCAACCAUGAGAUAAGAAGAAUGUCUUACCUAACCCUAAACCGACCAUGAGAUAAGAAGAAUGUCUUACCUAACCCUAAACCGACCAUGAGAUAAGAAGAAUGUCUUACCUAACCCUAACCCAAACAUGAGAUAAGAAGAAUGCCUUACCUAACCCUAAACCAACCAUGAGAUAAGAAGAAUGUCUUACCUAACCCUAAACCGACCAUGAGAUAAGAAAAACGUCUCCCCUAACCCAACCAUGAGAUAAUAAGAAUGUCUUACCUAACCCUAACCCGACCCUGAGAGAAGAAAAAUGUAGGCUUCUUUUCAUUGACAACUCCAAGAGCGGCUGAUAAGAGCGAUAAUAGUGGGAUAUGGUGGUUAACAAAACCAAUUGUAAACAAAAUUGUCUCCUCAAGAGGUGUUAAUUUAAUACAUUAGGGUUAAACAUAGUAUAAUUAUAGCGCCUUGCAAAUUGUUUGAGAUCUUGACCCCCACCCCACAACCCCAGCCCACUUUUUUUUUCAAAGAAUUAAAAUUUCAGUCUUCUUUGGACCAGAAAAUGGCCCUAAAAACAACUAUUUUUAAACUUGUAUCACCAAAUGAGCAAUAAUUUAAUUAUUUAUAUAGAAGUUGAAUAAGACGCAGAAUUAAAAGUUUUACGACAUGCUCUAGGGAAUUGAAAAAAACAACAAACAUUUUUAACAAUUUGGUGUUAAAUAUAAAAUAAUGCAAAUUAUGCCCCUAUUUUGGGAUAAAAAUCAGUCUUUGAUACCAGACCGUUUUAAAUAGGUCGCAUUGGAGUAUUCCAAACUGUAAACAACAUUCUUUCUUGCUAAAAUUAAUAGCAUCUAGACAUUUCGAAAAGGUGACGCUGGCGCAAAGGUAAUCUCUCUUAGCGUUAAUGAAAUAGAAACACACGAGGGGAAUUAUAUUGAGCCAUUUUUUUUUCUUUUGAAUUUAUACUUUAAUUUAAUACAUCAAUUAGUUUUGAAGAGUAAUAAAGAAAAGUAAAUAUUUUUAAUUUUUGUUGAAUUUAAUUCGAAUCCUUUGGCUACAUGAAUUGAUUGCCCUUAUACGCUUAUGCACAUAUUUUUCAUUGCGUAAGGCGUGGUAAGAGAUGGUCAACUAUUUCUUAAUUUUUAUUGCGUGCAAAACUCGUCUUUGAUUAAACAAAAAAUGUUCGUUGUGUAUAUUAUCGAAAAUCUGUAAUGACGACAAAGGGAGACUCUAAUGGUGAAUGAGACGAGUUGCUAAGAUAGCAAUGAUACAAAGGCACUACAUUAUAAAUGAGACAAAAAGAACCUCUACAUUAUAAAUGGUAACUACAUACAUUCAAUUGUCUAUUUGGAUUCUUCUCAACACAAGGUCCUUAACACGUGAGACUACAUCAAAAUGUAUCAUUUAUACAGGCGGAGAAGGCAAGGAGGGGAAAGUUUUAUCCAUUGGUGAUUGGGACCCAAACACGUCUAUGAGAAGCCUAGUAAGUGUCCAGUGGUCAGUUGGGACAACAGAAAAUUACAGGCUUGGCCAUCUUGGAAAAGUUGACUUGAUGUACAGUAAAUCAGCUAUAGGGGGCUCUUACUAUAAGUCACAUCAACCCAUUCUAGGUAGGUCUUCGUUAUUAUUUUAAAAAAAGACACAUGACAGUGCUGUAAUUGUAUUGCAUGUUUGACAUGGAAUCGAAAGAAAUGUAAUCAAUCCAAGAUAACACAAUUGACACUUUAAGGUGACAUUCAGAAUGAAUGAAUUACGUCCCCUUGUUUUUGAUAGUUUUGCCUUUGUGUAAUGUCAGCUGAGUGGUUGGGCAGGAUGUCACUUCGAGGCUACCUUGUGGCUAUAGUGUAGCCUAUGUGUCGGCUUGGAUACUCUGUAACUUUAGUUUCCGCCCACUGCAUUGUCAUAUGUUUUCAUCAAUAUAUUGUCCUAUGGUCUCACCAUACAUUGUCCUAUGGUUUCACCAAUAUAUUGUCAUAUGGUUUCACCAAUACAACGUCAUAUGGUCUCACCAAUACAUUACCACAUGGUUUCACCAACACAUCGUCAUAUGGUCUUACCAAUACAUUGUCCUAUGGUUUCACCAAUAUAUUGUCAUAUGGAUUCCCCAAUAAAUGUUCAUAUGGUUUCACCAAUACAUUGUGAUAUGGUUUCACAAAUACAUUGUCCUAUGGUUUCAAUGAAAGUGCUUCACUUCAUCUGAUUAUUCCUCAUUGUCAUGUGAAUGAGUGUGGGGCACGUUCGUUAACGAGUCUUCUAAUGGCCGAACCAGCGGCCUGCAGUCGACUAACGUCGAUUCAAAGUUUCUAUGCUCAACUCAAGAUGGCGUCAGUUGACACUUGAGAUUAUCACAAGGAAAAUAAAAAAUAAGAGUUAAUAUAUUAUAUGUUCAUAUAUUAACUUUUGCCCACAAAAUAAUAAAAAAAUUAAUUCUUCAAAUUUUUACAACGAACAAUUCUAAAUAAUCUAAGAAAUUCAUCAGUUUAGUGGGUAUUUUAUUUAUAUCAGAUUGUGACCUUAAGGUUUAGGACACUACUUGUACAAUGCAUAAACAAACAAAGGCAAGGGUCUAUCACUCAUAACUUGCCUCAAUUUGUAUCAGCUUUUAAAUGAUACAAAAGUAAAUGUUAUUCUGUACAAACUCGCAGGUAAGCCAGAGUUCACCAAAUGCAAAUUCAAUAUUGGAGAUAAAGUAGAAUGUUCAUGUCCGAUUGACAGCUUAAAAGAAUUUCAGGAGAACAAAGGUGCAUGGCGUCAAGAAAUGAGCAGUGUAAGUGCGUGUUCACAUCUCCCAGACCGUUAACGGGACCUAACCCAAUGUUCAUUUUAAGUACCAUAGCGUAAAAUAAUAAUAAUAAGUUGAAAUUGAACAUUUAUAGAAAUAUGAAUCAGCAUCAAUGGGAUAAAAAAUCAAUUAACUCCAUUUCUUGGCUUUUCAGGUAGAGGAAGCCAUUUUUUUUUAAAAAUACGGACAUCCUCAUGUUGGGAAUGAGCUCCGAAGUCUAUUUGAGUUAAAAUUUAAAAAAAAAAUCAAAUUAUUAUUUUAUAUCAGAGUAAAAAAUAGUGCUUCGCUAGUGUUUGAGAUGUUAAAAAUACAACUUGACUCUGUAUCAUAAAAUGAUAUCUUAUUGAUCUAUUAUCGCCUCAGUACAUCUCAUCAAUCGGCACGAUAGUUGCUAUCAAUGACGAUCGGGAAGUCCAGGUGCAGUACGAUGACGGUGCAAACGUAUGCUUCCAUCAAGAUGUGCUGAGGGGUGCAAAGG